GCCCCGAAAUCAUACUACGAGCAACAGCGCGAGCUUCUCAUCCUUGAGAUCGCGCAGUCCCUCAACAACGCGCUGCACAAUCUGAAUGCGCUGAAUCGGAGCUUAGAGGAAGUCAUUCAAGUCGGCAACGAAUUCGCGCCUGUGGAAUCGCUGUGGAGCCAUUUCGAGAGCGUGAUGGGAGACCAGGGCCUGGAGGAGAAAGAGACAAAGCGGGAAGGAGAUGCGGAG